AUGCGUGCUCUGGCUUCUGAAAGAGAAUUUGCUAAUUGGCUGUUACAAGUUGGGGAGGGUGCAAGUGGAGAUCAAAUUAUAUUGCCCCCAAUUUGCUAUCCUGAAAUUCAAGAUCCAGUAAAACAGCUUUUUCAAGAUAUCACUUUUAGUACAAUAACACCUGCAGAAUUAAAAGGUAGAGCUAUACUUACUGUAACCAAUGAUUCACCAUUACUAAAUAAUAACCGUGUAUUAGCAUGCUUACCAGGAAGUGAAGUUAUUUAUGAGAGUACCGAUAAUAUAGUCAGUGAUGACCCUCAAGACCAACUAUCAUACCCUGAAGAAUUCUUAAAUAUUUUAACUCCAACUGGAAUGCCUCCUCACAAAUUAAAAUUAAAAACAGGAGCUAUAGUUAUGAUACUUCGAAACUUAGCUCCUUCUAGAGGUUUUUGCAAUGGUACAAGAUUAACAGUAGUUACAUUAGAGAAAAAUAUCAUUGUAGCAAAAAAAAAAUUGUGA